AUGCUGCUGAGGUGUGCCGUGCUCUCGCUCCUCUCCGUCUCCGUCGUCUCGUUCGUGCUGCCGAUCGCCAAUCUCGACGAUUGCGCGGCGCCGAACGGAACGGACACGGCGAUGCACUGGUGGCAGUGCAACUCGGGGCCCGUGCAGUUCUUCAACGCGACGCCCUACGACUCGACCGGCACCAACUACGAGUACCCGAUCCAUUUGAGUAAGCCGAUCGUCGUCAAGACGCAGAUCAACAAUCCGACGAAUACGUACGUGUCGCCGAACCUACGCAACACUGUCAACAUUUGGAAGUACGGAGGAUGGUCCGGAUGUGCUUGGUCCUCGGUUCCGACCCUCGGACUACUGUGAGUCGAUCUCUCUGGAGCCGGCCGAUCCGACUAAACCCGUGUUUCAGAAAGGAUCUGUCGGCGUGCGAGCACGGCGUACCAUGCCCGGUGAAACCCGGAAACCAGGAGCUCGACGUCACCAUCGACUUCACCCAGUUCCAGCAGAUCAUCAAUCUGCUCAAGGACAAUGAGCCGUAUCAGCUCGAGUACUUGCUCCACGACAAUCAGAGCGGCGACGACGCGUGCAUGAUGGUACAGGCGUGGGCGUACAUCAAGUAGACCCAUCAUCAUUGUAUUGCCAUUUUUAAACACACGGGAAAUAAAGUGUACAUAUAUAUAUCGCUACUUCUGUUAUCACACCACGCUACCAAAAAAAAAAAACCUAAGCAGCUUUACGAGAAAUUGCGUACUUUUCUACCAUAAGCACAGUGUCUGCAAGUACGGCAACAACGCUACCGUACUCCAUUCCAUUUCUAAUUUCUGAUCUUUGCGGGUGCAGUUCGUCGCGCCCUUCACAAGAAACCCAUAAACGGUCUCCGCAACAUGCCAUGUGCGCUUUCCCCUUAUCACCCAAUUUCCCUUCAUUCUUCCUACAUAUUCCAGCGCUUUUCCUACACUCCAUUUUUAGCAUUUUCAGCCCGAUGCUCUUCCGCAGCUUCCUCCUCCUUGUUUCGGCUCUUUUCGUCGUCUCCUCUGCUUGCGACACGUGGCCGAACACCACCGAAACCAAGGUCACUUGGUGGCAGUGUUCCAGCGGUCCGAUCACCGUUUCCGACGUCAAUCCGACCGAUAAAAGUGGUGAGUUAAUGUGGGGCGCCGCACAAACGCAUCCAAUGAGUUUUGCGUAGGCGCGUACGAGUACCCGAUCCGUCUCACCGAACCGCUGCUCAUCGCCACGACGAUCAACGAUCCGGCGUCGACCUACGACACUCCCGGACUCAAGCAGACGAUCAAGGUGGCGCAGUGGAAUGUGAACACUUGCGGCUGGACCAAUGUCCCAACUUUUGGACUCUUGUAAGCGAAUGCAUCAUUUUUUUUCGACGAAAUUUCAUAGAAAAAUUAAAAAUUUUCUAGUUUUUCAAUUAAGCCCUUUAGGAAUGUGUGAUUUUCUAUGAAAUUUCAAGCAGUAAAUGCAUUUGGAGACGAAAAUGAAAAAAAAAGCAAUGCUAACCGUCAGGAACAACAUCGACGCGUGCUCGAACGGCGUUCCGUGUCCGAUCAAGCCCGGCAACAACCAGGUCAUCAACCUCGAACUCGACUUCUCCGACACUCCCGCCAUUAUCAAUUUGUUGAAGAACGACAAGCCGUAUCAGCUCGAGUACCAUCUCCACGACGACGUCUCCAACGAGGACCUGUGUGUCACUUUCCAAGCGAGAGCUCUCACUAAAACCAAUUAA